AUGGAGAAUUUCCAAACCACAUUCAACUCUAACACCACAGCAGCCAAUGAAUCUCUAAAGAGUCUGGAUUCUCUCUUUAAAUCUGAGAAAGCCAAAUUGCAAGAAAUCCGUACUGGUCUGAAAACUGACCAUGAAGCAUUUCAAACCUCCAUCUCCUCUCAAAUUUACAAGCUUCAAGAUGAACUGGCAAACGAGAUUAACAUCAAGGACUCUCUCGCCCUCAAGACAGAAGAAGUAAAGGUGUUAAGUGUCAAACUAGAAGCUUCAGAGAAACAGUCUUAUGUUCAAGAGAUUGGGUACAUGGAUGUUGAGAUAGCCGCAGUGUUGCGAAAGAAGCCUUCUGUUGUUCGUAAGGAAUCUCCAAAAGACUUCGCAAAGCUCAAGCUAGGGAAGAUAUACAGUGGAGAAUGGUUCGUGGUUUAUCAGGCUAGGGAACGAACUGGUGCAGACUUUCACAGGGGAUGA